UCCUUCUUGUUUGUCACUGCUUCUGCACUUAUUCUCUUAAUGCUUCAUCCAAAAAUUCUCUUUCUAAGCUGGGUAUCUUUCAAGUCGUCAUUUUUCUAUUUGGGGUCUUCUCCUUUUACUCCAUUCGAUUUGAAUUAGGAAGCAGAAGAAGUCCAUUGCUGGAAAAAAGAUUGCUCAAGUUAAUUUCUGUGUCUGAAAAAGACAGGGGAAGAAGAAAAUAGAAAGGGGAGAGAAACAAAGGCAAAGGCUUUCACAUUCGGGAGAGAGAGAAAAAUGAGUUAGUGGGAUAUCUGAAAACUUUUCUUCACUUACAAAAGUUGAUUGCUUUAAGAGGGAAUAUUGCCAUGGACUGUGUAAGAUUGGUGCUCUGGAGAUUAGGGUUUCUGGUUUUGGUAUGGUUCCUUGAUGUCUCUUCUGCUACACUUUCUCCUACUGGUGUAAACUAUGAAGUGACGGCUUUGGUGGCUAUAAAGAACGAGUUGAAUGAUCCGUACAAUGUUCUUGAGAAUUGGGAUGUGAAUUCAGUUGAUCCUUGUAGCUGGAGAAUGGUCACUUGCACUGAUGGUUAUGUCUCUGCACUGGGACUUCCUAGCCAAAGCCUGUCUGGUACAUUGUCUCCUAGAAUCGGAAACCUCACUUAUCUACAAUCUGUGUUGUUGCAAAACAAUGCAAUCUCUGGUCCAAUUCCUGAUACGAUCGGGAGGUUAGAGAAGCUUCAGACACUUGAUCUUUCGAACAAUUCAUUCACUGGGGAGAUACCGGCCUCACUUGGAGAACUCAAGAACUUGAAUUACUUGCGGUUAAACAACAACAGUCUUUUAGGAACUCUCCCUGAGUCUCUAUCCAAGAUCGAAGGACUCACUCUAGUCGACAUUUCAUAUAACAAUCUUAGUGGUACACUGCCAAAAGUGUCUGCUAGAACUUUCAAGGUAAUCGGAAACGCGUUACUCUGCGGCCCAAAAUCCGUUGCUAACUGUUCUGCUGUCUUCCCUGAGCCUCUCACACUUCCACAAGAUGUUCCAUCAGAUGAACCAGGGACUCAUACCAAUGGCCAUCACGUAGCUCUUGCAUUCGCAGCAAGCUUCAGUGCAGCAUUUUUUGUUAUCUUUACAAGUGGAAUCUUUCUUUGGUGGAGAUAUCGGCGUAAUAAGCAAAUCUUUUUCGACGUUAAUGAACAAUAUGAUCCAGAGGUGAGUUUAGGACACUUGAAGAGGUAUACAUUCAAAGAGCUUAGAUCCGCGACCAAUCAUUUCAACCCAAAGAACAUUCUCGGAAGAGGUGGAUACGGGAUUGUGUACAAAGGGCACUUAAGCGACGGAUCCUUGGUGGCUGUGAAACGUCUCAAAGACUGUAACAUUGCGGGAGGAGAAGUCCAGUUUCAGACAGAAGUAGAGACUAUAAGUUUGGCUCUACAUCGCAAUCUCCUCAGGCUUCGAGGUUUCUGUAGUAGCAACAACGAGAGAAUCCUAGUCUACCCUUACAUGCCAAAUGGGAGCGUUGCUUCACGCUUAAAAGAUUAUAUCCGAGGAGAGCCAGCAUUAGACUGGUCAAGAAGGAAGAAAAUAGCGGUUGGUACAGCGAGGGGAUUAGUGUAUCUCCAUGAGCAAUGUGAUCCCAAGAUCAUUCACAGAGAUGUGAAAGCGGCUAACAUUUUGUUAGAUGAGGAUUUUGAGGCAGUUGUUGGGGAUUUUGGGUUAGCCAAGCUUCUAGACCAUAGAGAUUCACAUGUCACAACCGCGGUUCGUGGAACUGUAGGCCACAUUGCACCUGAGUACUUAUCAACUGGUCAGUCCUCAGAGAAGACUGAUGUCUUUGGGUUUGGUAUACUUCUCCUUGAGCUCAUUACUGGUCAGAAAGCUCUUGAUUUUGGCCGGUCCUCACACCAGAAAGGCGUAAUGCUUGACUGGGUGAAGAAGCUGCAUCAAGAAGGGAAGCUAAAGCAACUAAUAGACAAAGAUUUGAAUGAUAAGUUCGAUAGAGUGGAGCUCGAAGAAAUCGUUCAAGUUGCACUUCUCUGUACUCAAUUCAAUCCAUCUUUUCGACCUAAAAUGUCCGAAGUUAUGAAGAUGCUUGAAGGUGACGGUUUGGCUGAGAGAUGGGAAGCGUCGCAGAACGGUGCGGCGGAGUCGCUGCCACCGCCGUUGCCGUCGGGGAUGGUGAGUUCUUCGCCGCGUGUGAGGUAUUAUUCCGAUUAUAUCCAAGAAUCUUCUCUUGUCGUCGAAGCUAUUGAGCUCUCUGGUCCUCGAUAAUGAGUUUUGUGAUGACUUCACUUUUUUUUUUCAUCUUCUUUCUUUCCUUUCUUGGCUUUGUUUUUGUUUCUUAUAAUGUUUAUAUAGAUGUGGAGUAAACUGUAAUUUUCAAAUGUAAAAAAGUAUUAAAUGCAAAAGAAAAUGUUGACUACCCACGUUACUUGUAUGGGAAUUGUGGCCAGUGAAUAUUGGAAAAAAAAUCCUCUGAGCGGCCAAAAUAUUGCUG